AUGAAGCCACUUCAGCCAAACAUCACAGUCCCAAAAACAAGUGAAGCGGCUGUGCCAGCUGAGACGGUGACCCUCACUCUCGAGAAAAAGUCUGGUCAGCUGAGGCUGUGACACUCACUCAGGACACGGAGUCUGGUCAGCUGAGGUUUUCUCCCGCAAGGAGGGGAGGAGUCGGUACGGCUGCAACUCAGACCCAGUCGCGCUCGCACAGACGCCCACUGUUGCCUUUUUCUUCGGUCAUGUCCGUGUCGCCUAUGCUCUUUACUCUGGCUGCCCUGGCAGCAACGGCGCGGCUGGCGGAAUGCCUUACCAGAAACUUCUACGUGGCCAUCAGGGAAGAAGAGUGGGACUACGCGCCGAAGGGCACGAGCGCCGAGCAGCACGAAAGUGCUUCAGUCUUCUUAACCCAAGGACCUCACAGAAUUGGUCAUGUCUACAGAAAGGCUGUGUAUCGACAGUACAGUGAUUACACUUACACACAAGAGCUCCCUAAGCCCUCCUGGCUGGGGUUCCUUGGUCCUGUCCUCAAGGCAGAAGUUCAUGAUGUUCUUGUUGUCCACCUAAAAAAUCUGGCCUCACGACCGUACUCACUGCAUCCACAUGGGGUUUUCUAUGACAAGGAUUCUGAAGGUGCUCUAUAUCCAGAUGGAACAACUGGGAAGAGGAAAAGGGAUGACGCUGUCCUUCCAGGGGGCAACCACACAUACACCUGGACAGUGAAAGAUGAGUAUGCACCUACAGAAGCAGACCCCAACUGUCUAACAUGGGUCUACCACUCCCACAUUGAUGCACCAAGGGACAUAUCUUCUGGCUUAGUUGGGGCACUGUUGACUUGUAAAAAAGGUGUGUUGCAGGGAGAGGAUCGCACUGAUGUGGACCGGGACUUUGUCUUGAUGUUCAGUGUGGUUGAUGAGAAUCUUAGCUGGUAUCUUGAGGAGAACAUUGAAACCUUCUGCUCAGACCCUUCCAGUGUAAACAAGGAUAAUGAGGACUUCCAGGAGAGCAACAAAAUGCAUGCUAUCAAUGGCUUUGUGUUUGAGAAUCUUCUUGGCCUCGACAUGUGCACUAAUAAGGUUGUGUCAUGGCAUUUGUUUGGGAUGGGCAGUGAAGUGGAUAUUCAUUCUGCAUACUUCUUUGGACACACAGUUUUAAAUCAGGGUCACCGAGCAGAUGUGGUCAGUCUUUUUCCAGCCGCCUUCGUCACAGUAGAAAUGUUCCCAAGAAACCCUGGAAAAUGGCUGCUGAGCUGUCAAGUGAAUGAUCACAUCCAAGCUGGCAUGCAGGCCCUGUACCAGGUUUUCACCUGUGACUUGAACACCACUGUAGCUCCACCAGGUGGUAGAAUAUUGCAUUACUACAUUGCUGCAGAAACUGUUAUGUGGGACUACGGCCCUCAGGGCCGUAAUGCAUUUGAUGGGCAACUGUUGAAUGCAACAGGAAGCAACUCAGAACCCUACUUCAGCCAAGCAUCUGGUAGGAUCGGUGGCCGUUACCUCAAAGUGAUGUAUGUGGAGUACAGUGACAACACCUUCACCAAGAAAAAACCAAGAACUGAAAAUGAGUUCCAUUUGGGUAUUCUGGGCCCAGUUAUCAAGGGAGAAGUGGGUGACACCAUUCUUGUGAUGUUUAAGAACAAAGCAGACAGAAAUUACAGCAUUCAGGCACAUGGACUGUCUUACAGUAAAGAGUCUGAGGGUUCAUUCUAUGCAGAUGGUGUCAAGAAACCUGGUUGCCAAGUCCAACCUAAUGAUGUCUUCACAUAUCGCUGGGUGCUGUUAGAUGGGCCAACAACCAGUGAUCCAGAUUGUCUUACAUACAUUUAUUAUUCAUCUGUGGACCCUGUCAGAGACACUAACUCUGGAUUGGUUGGACCAUUGCUAGUAUGUAGGAAGAAUGAGAAUGGCCACCAGAGCAACAUAGAUGACCACUUCUUUUUGCUCUUUACUGUCUUUGAUGAGAACCUCAGUUGGUACCUGUCAUCCAGCAUUGCAGUUACAAAUGAUCCUUCUGGUUUUGAAGUGGACAGUGAAGAGUUUCAUGAGUCAAACAAAAUGCACGCUGUUAAUGGCUACAUGUUUGGGAAUAUGCCCACCCCUGUUAUGUGUGCAGGAUCUAAUAUUUCUUGGCACCUCCUGGCACUGGGCACAGAGGUGGAUUUGCAUAGUGUCCGCUUCCAAGGGAACACUAUCCAGAAACAGGGUAGCACCAGAGAUACAGUCAGCUUGUUUCCACACAUAUCAGACUCGGUGCUCAUGCAAGUGAACGUUGUAGGAGACUUUGAGAUCAGUUGCAGUACAGCUGACCACUACUCUGGGGGUAUGAGACAGCUUUACUCUGUCAGAGCCUGCAAAGAACAGAGACCCCCAGUUAAACCUGUCGGUGUGGUGCGGACAUACUACAUUGCUGCAGAGGAGGUGGAGUGGGAUUAUGCUCCAAACAGGUCCUGGGAACUGGCGAGGCAUAAUACUACUGGAGAGCAGAGCUAUGGCCACACAUUUAUUGACAAAGGACAUGGGCGAAUUGGAUCCAAAUAUAAGAAAGUAGUAUACCGGGAGUAUAGCAAUGGGCACUUCACAAAAAGGAAAAGUCUGUCUCCAGAAGAGGAACACCUACAGAUACUUGGACCGCUAAUUAAAGCAGAAGUUGGAGACAUAAUCUUAAUUGUAUUUAAGAACAUGGCCACCCGUCCGUACUCUAUUGAAGCUCAUGGAGUGCAGCAGGAGAUUGUGAACCAUGGUUUAAGAAACACAGCACCAGGUCAGGUGCAGACCUACAGGUGGAAUGUUCCAGAGGGCAUGGGCCCUAGCCCUAGUGAUUCCAACUGUCUCACUUGGGCUUAUCAUUCAGGCACAAACUUUGUUAAGGAUACCUACAGUGGACUUGUUGGGCCUCUCAUUACAUGCCGCCGUGGGGUUCUAGAUGUUCAUGGCAGAAGAAAAGAUGUCGACAGAGAGUUUGCAUUGUUGUUCAUGGUGUUUGAUGAAAACCAGUCCUGGUAUCUGGGUGACAACAUUGCCCAGUAUCUACACACUGAUCUGCAGACCAUAGAAAAUAAUGAGGAUUUCUUGGAAAGCAACCAAAUGCAUGCAAUAAAUGGCAAACUCUUUGGGAAUCUGCAUGGCCUUGUGAUGACCCAGGGAGAGAAGACAGACUGGUAUCUGUUGGGAAUGGGCAGUGAAGUUGACCUGCACACAGUGCACUUCCAUGCACAGACAUUUAUUUUUAAGACUGAUCAAGAACAUCGGGCAGAUGUCUAUGACUUAUUUCCUGGUACCUUCCAGACAAUAGAACUUAUGGCAGGAAAUCCAGGGACGUGGCUCCUACACUGCCACGUGAAUGAUCAUAUCCAUGCUGGGAUGGAGACGGUCUUCACCGUUCUGAACCGUGGAGGUGAUGUGCCAUUUUCAAGUGAGGAUUCUCACCUUCAAGACGCUGUACAAGAAAUGACGGUUGACUUCUUUGGGAAGCAGCUGGAUAAGCAGCAGGCAAAGGAUGCACUGAUCUCUCUCUUUACUGUAGGCCUUCUGCUGCUGAUUGGGCUCUGUGUGGUGCUGGGAUGGAUUGCCAUCUUACAGAGGAGAAAGGGCAGAUAUCCUCAGCAUGGACUGAUGGCAUUAAACGACAGUCUGUAGGAUCAUUGAAAUUAAGAUCCAUGUUGUGCUAAGAAGGUGUUGGUGCCUUGCACUAGUUUAAGGAAGCCAGAAUUGGAUACUGGAAAGUAUGAGUGUGCCAGGCACAUCCAACUAAAAUAUCCUUUGAGCUGUGUUAUCCACCUUUUUGUUAUAUCUGGCACUUUGAGGUCUUGCCUAAUCUAGUCAUACAAUUGAUAAUGAGUGGGCCACCUCUAUUGUAAUUUGCUUGUAUUGUGUUUUACCUGGUAUGGUCAUUCUGAUAUAUUAAGUUGUCCACUGCUUGCACACCUCAAGGUAAUCAAACUGGAACACUUUUGUAUUAGUGGUCUUCAUGAAACCAUUUAGGUACCACAUUCCCCUGAAUGGUAUUCAAAGCAACUGCCUAGAUAACUGACCACAUGUCUUUACCUUGAUCUUUAAAUGAAAGAUACUGUGAGAACAUGACACUUUGUACACGUCCAAUAAGCAAUGCUCAUCUGCUUGCACUUUUUUACAUUUUGUAUAAAGUAAAAAUCAAUAUGUGCUAUAUUAUUUCAGUUCACUUUAAACAAUUGCUGGCACAUCUAUGAUCUGUAUAUGAUUUAUUGUCUUUCUCAUAACUUCACAUUCAUGGCACCAUUGAGCAGCUGUAUUUCAGUGACCUGGAAAUUCACUGCAAGAGAACAUUUUCCUUGUGUGAUGCUGUAAGGAGGUCUUGAGGGAACUGUUUCUUGUUAGCCAUAUCAUUUUUUUCUUUCUUUUGCUGUUUAUACCUAAUUAGAUAUUUUUAUGGAUUAUAACUUGUUUAGGUGGUAGUGUGGCAAAAUGGUUAGUUCUGUUCCCUCACCAUUCCAGGGACCCUGAUUCAUAUCCUAGUCUGUAGUGGAAUAUACAUUUUUUUCCCUCCCCCCACCUUAGCAAGGAUUUUUCUCUGAUACACUUAUGUACAGUACUUUGUAUGUGGGGUGAAAACCAAGAUUAAACUGACUCCCCAUUA